CAAAAUCCCGAACUGCGUACUUCAUAUUUUUUAUCUUAGAUUUUGUAUUCUCACGCCGAAUGAAACAUAUAGGGGUAGCGGUGUUCAAGAAAAUUAUGAACAGUGACUAUAAAUAUGUCUUUUGGUAUGAUGUUAAAUAUCGUAUAAUACGUUGGUACACGUCCUAAUUUCUCUUAUAUAUUUAUAUCAAGUCUCUUCCAAAUUUGCAGAUAUAAUAGAUGAACACUAAGAGGACUAUAUACAAUUUCAUCAGUCUGGACAUUGUUCUCCAACCAGAUUUUUUAUUAUUGUACUGUCUCUUUGUUUUUAAUCCAUCUCAAAUACCUUUUUCUUGGUAUAUGUCUCUAUGUAAUCUAUUUACUUAUUUCAGUUUUAUUUUUAUUUGGGAUGAAAAGGGUCAACGCGUUAGAAAGCGGUUUUGGAUAGAAGUUUAUAAAAAUGUUGAUGAGGAGUCUAAUCAGAAUUCAGUAACGUGUACAGAUAAAAAACGAUUAAAAUCAAGUCUGUGUAUUUAAUUAUGUUUCAUUCUAUUAAAAAAGCAAGAGGACCUUGUGGUUGAGUGAUAAAUAGACGAACUUAGAACGCUAACACGAUUCACAUUCGAUUUACCAACUGCCCAAAAUUAAAUCCCAUUAUUAGCAUUUCUGCAGCUCUUGUUUGCUUUACAAGAAUAAACUUACGAGGGCGUUGGGCUGCUCUGUUUUUAGCUAUAAGAUUUUUCUUUUCCAGCUUUAAACAUGAAAAGUUGCACACAUUAUUAUUUUUUGAAUAAAUUUAACACUAUAUUAAAAAAAAUCAUAUUGUUCAUGGACUAAAAGAUUUUGCUUUAGGCGGAUUUGAAUAUCCGAAAAGAAAAAAAAUUAUUCAUGGACUGUACUUUGUAUUGGGAAUUAGUGGCAUUUCCAUACACAGAGGAUACUCCGAGGUUAAAAAAUGUCUUAUGAUUGAAAUUGGUCUAUCACAAAGCUAUAUCAUUGAGAUCAAACCAAAUGGGCAUUGCAUUUACCGAGCAAUAGAAAGCCAGCUUUCUACUGAAAUUCUAUUGUUCGUUAAUGUUUCUUGGCUUUCAAGGAUCAACUCCAAUUUUCAAACGAGAAUCAUAUAUAAUAUGGAUUAAUAUUUUGUUUUUCUUUUCCAACAAAUUUAAUUUAAGGUACAUUUUCUUGCAAUCUUAUGCAAGAUUGUUUUUUUUUUUUUUGAGAAAAUCUUAUGCAAGAUUGUUUGUCAUAUUAUCUGAAUAAAUAUAUAUCCAAAUUCACUAUCUUCUUAUUUUUAUUCAUAACUAUUCAGAUAUAUUAAUUUUUGUUCAGUAGUAUUAUUACCAUUCUAAUCAAAAUUUGAUCCAAAGUCAUACAAAUAUUUCAAAUUUAGAACGCUAUAGUAUUAACACUAGUAUGUCCAUGUAUAGCAUGGAUCACAAUACUAGUAUUUAAUAUUCCCAUGUUGCCGAUGGCGUCAAUUUACCAAUCCCACAGUCGUCAUCUUUGAAAAGUAAACAGUUGAAUAUAAUCAGUUUAACAAGAUAACACUGGGUCAAUGUAAUCCAAGUGUCAUGAUCCACGUUACAACACUUGAAUACGCUUCCUCUUUUUUAUUUAAAUACAUUAACUUAUGAAAUUUUUUUUAUUUUUUGAUAAAGCAUUAAUUUAUGAACAUAAUAAAUGAGAUGCAAUGAGCUAAUAAUCCAAGUCGUGAAGAACAAGAAAAAUGGAAGAGGAGGAGGAGUCGUGGAUCAUACCCGGGUUGACGGACGACGUAGCGGCGCUCUGCCUAUCACGAUUGCCCGUGCUCACACUUUCUUGUCCUUUCUCAGGUCUGCCGGCGAUGGAAGACAUUCCUCAGGAGCGAGGAACUCAACGCCGUUAGAAAGUUGACCGGGAGGAUGGAGGAGUUCAUAUGUGUGUUCUGAUGGAAGAUAAGCCUGGCACAAUCGUGUACUGGGAAGUUUUCGACAGCUCUGGGAACAAAUUGGGACGGAUCCGGGAUCCCUGACGUCCCUAACCCAUAAGAAUGUGACUGCUAGCUGACUUUGAAACCACUGACUUGCCCCGGCUAUGUUUAACUCAUCUUAGUGUCAUAUAACUAAAAAACAACGAGGUUAAGGAUUAACCAAGUAGGUGUUUGUUGCAAAGACCAAGUACCUGACAAAAAAAAAAAGAACUCUUAACGACAAUACCAAAAGAAAGCUUCAUCAUUACUCUUCAAGAAAAAAACUUCUUGGUAAAACUCGAAGCAGACUCAACAUGUAAAACCAAUACCCAACAACGAUGUUCAAACAUUAUUUUUGUUAAAGAAGGUCAAGACAUAGACCAUCUAACAUAUGUCCAUUAUAAUUUAUAAAUUACUAUGCGUCUCUUCUGCCUUACUCAUUUUUGACUCCACUGGUACAGCUUUCCGUGUUGCUGGCUGCAGGCGAAUAUGAUGCAUCUGAUAUAUGUUUAAAUUUUUGUUUAGUUUGGUUUGGAUUUUUUCUUAUUGUUUGGGUUCUGGAUCUUUAUUGAGUUAGUGUUACUUUGACAUUUUUUUUCUCUGUGAUUAUGGAGGUUUUAUGUUUAGAUUAUGUAUUUUGCUUUAGUUUGGUUAAUAUUAAGAUAAAAAUAUAGUUGUAAAUGAAAUAAUAGAAAAUAGUUUAAAAUAAUAAAAUAACGAAAGUUUAUAUUAUUUUAGCUGUGAAUAAAUUAAAUAUUUAAAAUACAUUUAUAUUUUUUUACUUAUUUCUUUAUUUUCGUUUUGCAAUUUUUUGAACAAUAAAAUAGAUUAUCAAACUUCAAAUGAUGAUGGUUAGUGUGAAAAGGAUUAGAUAGUGUAUAAUUAGAAAAUAGUGAGCCAAAUUGCAAUAAUCUAAAAGAAGAAAGAUUUAAAAUGUAAAAAGAGGACACAUGUCAACAAACUUCUCUUCUACAUGUCAUAAGAAGAGAGAAAUGUCUAUUUUAUAUAUAUAGAUUUGUUCAAUACUAAUUGUGAUAAGAAAUGUUUGUGUUUACUUGUUUCUUAGAUUUAAACUAGAUUUGGACCCGCGCAACCGCGCAGGUAUUAAUUUUCAUUUUUAUUUACAUAGACAUUUUAUUUUUAUGUCAAGAAUGAUGUAUAUUCAAAUGUGUAUAUAGAUUUUUCAAACAUACGUUUGUGAUUCAAUUUUCCGGUUAUUCAUCAAAUUAAUCAUUUAAAAAAUGAGCUAUGUAUUUGUAUUUUCUUUUAUAUAUUUUGUUUGUUGAAUUAGUGUUUGAUUAUUAAACUCAUGAAUUUUUGAAAUCUUGUUUGGUAAAAUAUAAAAUUAUUUUUUUCCAAAGAUAUUGAAGCAUUUCACAAAAAUCUAGAGUCAAACAAAAUAAAACUUAUAUCUCUUAUAUUAUAAUUAUAAGAUUAAUUAAUUAAAUUUGUUUUUUUUUUGACAAAUCCAUUAUUUUUUCAAAAACUUAACAAAUAACAUUGACAUAUAUUUUAAAUGACUUAUAGAUAUAUCUUAAAAAAACGUUAAAACCAUGUUAUUCUAGAAUUUUUAAUAACUUAUCUUUUUUAAUUAAAAAAAAACAAUCAAAAGAGAGAUUAAAUAAUGAUUGUAAUAUGGGCCACAAUAGUCUAUAAUCCAAUUAAUGAGUCCAUUAGAUUUCAGUUACCUAUUUUUUUCCGGGAACAAAACAAACUUUUUGUGAACAUACACGCGUCUUUAGCUUCGUUAAGAACCAAGCUGAUCUCAGACAUCGUUUUUAACUUCCUCACCAAAUCGUUAAACAUAGAUACAGAUAAGUUUUCACUUGAAUCUAAAUGGAAGAAGUUUUUGAAGAUCAUCACUAACUAACGCUUAUCUACAAAGGUUUGGAGAUUAUUUUAAAUUUUUCUAACAACCGAUUACUAUUUUAGAUGAUUUUAGGGUUUUGAUAUGUUGAAUCGAUAUUUGAUAGUUUAUAUCUAAAUCAUACAGAUCGGCGUAUAGCUUUAAUUGGAGAAGCAACAACGAACCUCAGUUAUUGGGUGAUCAAGCUUAGUUCCUGAAAUAUAAAAUCUGUUCCCUAAAAGUCUUGGAAUCUAAUUUGUGUUCGGGGUAGAGGAAUAACAGAGACGUUGACAAAAGAGACAGGUACUUUAAUAUACUAAGUUGAUAUUGAUCUGUUUUGGAGCUUGAUCGUAGGAUAAUCUCAAGCUAAUGAAGAUAUAUAUUAUUUACGAUUGUUUCAUAUUCCUAAGCUCUGUUUUGUUCACUCUGCAGAGAAUCAUCUUGAAGAUGACGGAAAUGGAAGAUACUGCAAAGUCCUUCUAGUGCAGAGGAUCUGUAGAAUGAUCUUGAGAUCAAGAAACAGGGCUCCAGAUAUUACCCACUGGAAAGUCUCGUACAUGGUUUAGGCGUGCAGAGGAACUGUUGAAUGAUCAUGAGUAAUGAUAUUCUCUCAGUGUAUAUAUUAAUUUCUCGAUCUGCACAACAGAGUGAGUCUUACUAAUUCAACAUUUUAUGCGCAGCCGAUUGAUUUCGUCAAGCUAACGGAUAAAUUAUACAAACUGUCUCGCAGCCUGCCUGACAUGGAAGAACAAUUGUGAGGAAGAUCGUAAAGAGGCUCCAAGGAAAGCCAAGGAUCAUUAUACUAUGGUAACUAUCGCCAUCAAGCUGGGAUAAUCUGAGCUUGGUAAAAAACAUUUACUUGGUCUCUUUUGUUGCAGGAAAGUUUUGCAGGAUCGGGUAACUGACGAAUGUUUAAUGGAAAUCACCGAGUGCUGGCAAAAUCAUGCUACUUGUCACUCAAUUCAUGAAAACAUCAGGAAUGAUAUUGAUAACAAUGGAUUCUAAAAAAGACUCCAGCAUAACUCAGCCAUUUGACUCUCACUAUUCGAUAAGUCAGGUUAGUUUUUUAGAACCAUUUAUCAUUUGCUAGUAUAUCUAAGUGGUUUGGUUAGUAUAAGAUGGGAAAUUUUGUUAGAUUAGAACCAUUUAUCGUUUCCUAGUAUAUCUAAAUGGUUUGGUUAGAUAAGAAAUGAUGUACAACAGAUUAAUUGGUUUGGCUGUGAGUUGAUUGCAUGUUGUAUAUCUUGGUUUAAUGAUUUUUAUUUCGUUGCUAUAGUUUUAAAAUCUAGAAAAUAAAUAGACCAAUGAAAAGUUAUAUCAAAAACAACACAAAUCCAUAAAUACGUUGAAAACAGCUUCAACACAAAUCUUAUCAUUCCCAGCAACUUGGACAGUUUGGAUGUCACGCAGACUGGAUACUUGACCAACUACAUCUGUCAAAUAAUUAAUUGCUUAAUAUUAGUACAAUAUACAUAUAUUAUGUUACAAAAUUCUCAUUGACUGACUAACCGAUCAGGAAGUGAGUAUUAAGAGUUCUAUUUCCAAUAUUGUCAAAAGGAGGAAAAUUCAGGAACACAUCAUCACACUCAAAAGUACUUUGGUCUAUAGAGGUGUCUUCGAUGAUAGACAUUUUGUAAGUAUGGUCUGUGGGACGGUACUGUCCUCUUGCGUGAGACACUGUAAAUGUGUCUAUGAGUCGCCAUUCACCAAGCCGUAUUUUACUAUCUGUUUUUUUAUGAGAGUCUUUCUGGCCGAGUAGUGUAUCUUAACACCCUGAAACAAAAUAGAUCAUAAAAAUUAGUACAUAGACAUAGUUAUUUAGUUCAUAAAGUACAUAAACAAAAACUAAAACAGAACAUACAACGUAUAAAAGGAAUCUUACAGUUUCAUCUGCGAAUAUCAUCUCAAGGGUAUCUCCUCCAUAAUUGGUUUUCUGCCUCCAGGAGUGAAGCAACUUAACUUGGACUCGCCCUGUUUGUAAGGCUUGACGUCUUUUAGUAACGAAAAUGCUUGAAUCAUAGACAUUGCUCAAACUGUUUUAGUUUAGGUGAUGGUUGAGGUUAAAUGUAGUGCAAUCGAUAUAUAUAUAGAUCGCUAGGUUUGUUAGGGUAUUUACGGAGAAUAUACUGUGACUUUAGGAAUAAAAUUAAUUGUAGAAAAUUUUAAAUCGGUUGUUAUGGUUAGUUAUAUCGUAGAUAUAAAUUAUGUGAUAUAUUAGAGGAUAUUCUUGGUAGUUGUUUGGAUAUUUCAUAGCAAAGUUUUAGGAAACACACACAAUAUGGUUAGAAUAUCCUUUUUUAAAUGUUACCAGUAAUAUGAUAUUGUGAAAAUUAGUUGAUUCGAUAUAAUCUCUCAUUUGGCAAAUCCCGGUUAUUAUUUUAACAGAAUCUUAGUUUUGAAAAACUUGUUAUGUUGUCCAAGGAAUGAUCCUUUAUUGGACAUCGACCAUAUUCUUGGCAUAUAAUUAUUCUAAUUUUAAAUGUAUGAAAAAGAUUGUUUAGUUAAUGGGUUUUCCACGAAUUUAGAGCACAAUUAAUUAUUAAUUUAAUUUACAUGAAUUAACCAAUUAUCAUAUCUUAAACUUGAAAACGUGCAGGUAUACCAUGUUCAUCUUCUCCAAAUGCUCACUGUGUUUAGGUUAUUAAGUAAUAAGAUUAUGAACAAAUGUUCAUGUUCAAGACUAACAAUCAAAUAACGUAACAGAUAAUGGAAGAAACAUGUUCAUUUAACUAAUAUUUUCAUUUUAAACAAUAUAAGCUUAUUCGAUUGUCAAUUUAAAAUCUAUUGUUGGAAUGUUGUGUGUGAAUUCUCACACAAAAGCAUUUGAUAGCGUAAUAUCAUGGUGGUCAAUUAAUUUCUGCUACUUUUGAUUGAUGUAUAUGACUGCAUCUAACUACGUAGCAACAAUUCCUUUCCAGUUUCGUAUGGAGAUAUACUAUGAAAUAAACCUCAAGCAUUCAUUUCAUGUUUCGUUUGCAGAGAGGUUUAGGUUUUGAAAGUAUAUGGUUUGGGUAAGUUAAUCGUGUGUUUAGGAAGAGUAAAUAUUAAGAUGUGGACAUGAAUUAAAUGUGAUAAAUUCCUAAUAGAUAGUCCAAAAUUAAUGUGAAAGAUGUAAAAUGAAUUUCUAGUAAUAGGUCCAUUAGGUCCAUUUUUUAAAAAAUCACACAUGAAUCAAGGUUGUGACUUUCUAGUAAUAGGUCUAUCUUCUUAUUUUUAUUCAUAACUAUUCAGAUAUAUUAAUUUUUGUUCAGUAGUAUUAUUACCAUUCUAAUCAAAAUUUGAUCCAAAGUCAUACAAAUAUUUCAAAUUUAGAACGCUAUAGUAUUAACACUAGUAUGUCCAUGUAUAGCAUGGAUCACAAUACUAGUAUUUAAUAUUCCCAUGUUGCCGAUGGCGUCAAUAUUACCAAUCCCACAGUCGUCAUCUUUGAAAAGUAAACAGUUGAAUAUAAUCAGUUUAACAAGAUAACACUGGGUCAAUGUAAUCCAAGUGUCAUGAUCCACGUUACAACACUUGAAUACGCUUCCUCUUUUUUAUUUAAAUACAUUAACUUAUGAAAUUUUUUUUAUUUUUUGAUAAAGCAUUAAUUUAUGAACAUAAUAAAUGAGAUGCAAUGAGCUAAUAAUCCAAGUCGUGAAGAACAAGAAAAAUGGAAGAGGAGGAGGAGUCGUGGAUCAUACCCGGGUUGACGGACGACGUAGCGGCGCUCUGCCUAUCACGAUUGCCCGUGCUCACACUUUCUUGUCCUUUCUCAGGUCUGCCGGCGAUGGAAGACAUUCCUCAGGAGCGAGGAACUCAACGCCGUUAGAAAGUUGACCGGGAGGAUGGAGGAGUUCAUAUGUGUGUUCUGAUGGAAGAUAAGCCUGGCACAAUCGUGUACUGGGAAGUUUUCGACAGCUCUGGGAACAAAUUGGGACGGAUCCGGGAUCCCUGACGUCCCUAACCCAUAAGAAUGUGACUGCUAGCUGACUUUGAAACCACUGACUUGCCCCGGCUAUGUUUAACUCAUCUUAGUGUCAUAUAACUAAAAAACAACGAGGUUAAGGAUUAACCAAGUAGGUGUUUGUUGCAAAGACAAGUACCUGACAAAAAAAAAAAGAACUCUUAACGACAAUACCAAAAGAAAGCUUCAUCAUUACUCUUCAAGAAAAAAACUUCUUGGUAAAACUCGAAGCAGACUCAACAUGUAAAACCAAUACCCAACAACGAUGUUCAAACAUUAUUUUUGUUAAAGAAGGUCAAGACAUAGACCAUCUAACAUAUGUCCAUUAUAAUUUAUAAAUUACUAUGCGUCUCUUCUGCCUUACUCAUUUUUGACUCCACUGGUACAGCUUUCCGUGUUGCUGGCUGCAGGCGAAUAUGAUGCAUCUGAUAUAUGUUUAAAUUUUUGUUUAGUUUGGUUUGGAUUUUUUCUUAUUGUUUGGGUUCUGGAUCUUUAUUGAGUUAGUGUUACUUUGACAUUUUUUUUCUCUGUGAUUAUGGAGGUUUUAUGUUUAGAUUAUGUAUUUUGCUUUAGUUUGGUUAAUAUUAAGAUAAAAAUAUAGUUGUAAAUGAAAUAAUAGAAAAUAGUUUAAAAUAAUAAAAUAACGAAAGUUUAUAUUAUUUUUAGCUGUGAAUAAAUUAAAUAUUUAAAAUACAUUUAUAUUUUUUUACUUAUUUCUUUAUUUUCGUUUUGCAAUUUUUUGAACAAUAAAAUAGAUUAUCAAACUUCAAAUGAUGAUGGUUAGUGUGAAAAGGAUUAGAUAGUGUAUAAUUAGAAAAUAGUGAGCCAAAUUGCAAUAAUCUAAAAGAAGAAAGAUUUAAAAUGUAAAAAGAGGACACAUGUCAACAAACUUCUCUUCUACAUGUCAUAAGAAGAGAGAAAUGUCUAUUAUAUAUAUAUAGAUUUGUUCAAUACUAAUUGUGAUAAGAAAUGUUUGUGUUUACUUGUUUCUUAGAUUUAAACUAGAUUUGGACCCGCGCAACCGCGCGGGUAUUAAUUUUCAUUUUUAUCUACAUAGACAUUUUAUUUUUAUGUCAAGAAUGAUAUAUAUUCAAAUGUGUAUAUAGAUUUUUCAAACAUACGUUUGUGAUUCAAUUUUCCGGUUAUUCAUCAAAUUAAUCAUUUAAAAAAUGAGCUAUGUAUUUGUAUUUUCUUUUAUAUAUUUUGUUUGUUGAAUUAGUGUUUGAUUAUUAAACUCAUGAAUUUUUGAAAUCUUGUUUGGUAAAAUAUAAAAUUAUUUUUUUCCAAAGAUAUUGAAGCAUUUCACAAAAAUCUAGAGUCAAACAAAAUAAAACUUAUAUCUCUUAUAUUAUAAUUAUAAGAUUAAUUAAUUAAAUUUGUUUUUUUUUUGACAAAUCCAUUAUUUUUUCAAAAACUUAACAAAUAACAUUGACAUAUAUUUUAAAUGACUUAUAGAUAUAUCUUAAAAAAACGUUAAAACCAUGUUAUUCUAGAAUUUUUAAUAACUUAUCUUUUUUAAUUAAAAAAAACAAUCGAAAGAGAGAUUAAAUAAUGAUUGUAAUAUGGGCCACAAUAGUCUAUAAUCCAAUUAAUGAGUCCAUUAGAUUUCAGUUACCUAUUUUUUUCCGGGAACAAAACAAACUUUUUGUGAACAUACACGCGUCUUUAGCUUCGUUAAGAACCAAGCUGAUCUCAGACAUCGUUUUUAACUUCCUCACCAAAUCGUUAAACAUAGAUACAGAUAAGUUUUCACUUGAAUCUAAAUGGAAGAAGUUUUUGAAGAUCAUCACUAACUAACGCUUAUCUACAAAGGUUUGGAGAUUAUUUUAAAUUUUUCUAACAACCGAUUACUAUUUUAGAUGAUUUUAGGGUUUUGAUAUGUUGAAUCGAUAUUUGAUAGUUUAUAUCUAAAUCAUACAGAUCGGCGUAUAGCUUUAAUUGGAGAAGCAACAACGAACCUCAGUUAUUGGGUGAUCAAGCUUAGUUCCUGAAAUAUAAAAUCUGUUCCCUAAAAGUCUUGGAAUCUAAUUUGUGUUCGGGGUAGAGGAAUAACAGAGACGUUGACAAAAGAGACAGGUACUUUAAUAUACUAAGUUGAUAUUGAUCUGUUUUGGAGCUUGAUUGUAGGAUAAUCUCAAGCUAAUGAAGAUAUAUAUUAUUUACGAUUGUUUCAUAUUCCUAAGCUCUGUUUUGUUCACUCUGCAGAGAAUCAUCUUGAAGAUGACGGAAAUGGAAGAUACUGCAAAAUCCUUCUAGUGCAGAGGAUCUGUAGAAUGAUCUUGAGAUCAAGAAACAGGGCUCCAGAUAUUACCCACUGGAAAGUCUCGUACAUGGUUUAGGCGUGCAGAGGAACUGUUGAAUGAUCAUGAGUAAUGAUAUUCUCUCAGUGUAUAUAUUAAUUUCUCGAUCUGCACAACAGAGUGAGUCUUACUAAUUCAACAUUUUGAAGAUGACGGAAAUGGAAGAUACUGCAAAAUCCUUCUAGUGCAGAGGAUCUGUAGAAUGAUCUUGAGAUCAAGAAACAGGGCUCCAGAUAUUACCCACUGGAAAGUCUCGUACAUGGUUUAGGCGUGCAGAGGAACUGUUGAAUGAUCAUGAGUAAUGAUAUUCUCUCAGUGUAUAUAUUAAUUUAUCGAUCUGCACAACAGAGUGAGUCUUACUAAUUCAACAUUUUAUGCGCAGCCGAUUGAUUUCGUCAAGCUAACGGAUAAAUUAUACAAACUGUCUCGCAGCCUGCCUGACAUGGAAGAACAAUUGUGAGGAAGAUCGUAAAGAGGCUCCAAGGAAAGCCAAGGAUCAUUAUACUAUGGUAACUAUCGCCAUCAAGCUGGGAUAAUCUGAGCUUGGUAAAAAACAUUUACUUGGUCUCUUUUGUUGCAGGAAAGUUUUGCAGGAUCGGGUAACUGACGAAUGUUUAAUGGAAAUCACCGAGUGCUGGAAAAAUCAUGCUACUUGUCACUCAAUUCAUGAAAACAUCAGGAAUGAUAUUGAUAACAAUGGAUUCUAAAAAAGACUCCAGCAUAACUCAGCCAUUUGACUCUCACUAUUCGAUAAGUCAGGUAUGCCGGCGAUGGAAGACAUUCCUCAGGAGCGAGCAUUUCACCGCCGUUAGAAAGUUGACCGGGAGGAUGGAGGAGUUCAUGUGUGUUCUGAUGGAAGAUAAGCCUGGCACAAGCGUGUACUGGGAAGUUUUCGACAGCUCGGGGAACAAACUGGGACCGAUCCCUAACAUCCCUGACCCUGGGCCACUGAAGUGGGGCUACGGCGUCACGGUGCUUAACGAGAAGAUCUUGUUCAUCGGUGGAUUUACGGGGAAUAUUGGCACUCCCCAUGCUUCCCCUGAUGUUUACGAGUUCAGUCCUGCUACUAACAGCUGGAGAAAACUGGGAGACAUGAACAUACCACGUUACAGCUUUUCAUUAGCUGAAGUGGACGGCCUUUUGUAUGUGGUCCAAGGCUUUAGCAAUGAUGGUUAUUGCCUUUUCAACACUGAAGUAUACAACCCGAAAACCAACCAAUGGAGGCUUAUGGAUGGUCCAAACAUCCAGGUCGCCAUUGGUUUUGCAUUCUCCUUCAAGUCCAAACUCUACGUUUUAGACAAUGGAACGGCCACAAUCGACAUGUAUGACACCAAAACGAAGACAUGGGAAAUGUUAGAAUCAAAUGAAUUAGCGGCUGUUUAUUCCUACACUGUUGUGAGGAACAAAGUGUAUUUCCUGGACAGCGAAAGGCCUGGACGUCUGGGAGUGUUUGAUCCAGAGGAGAACUCAUGGACCAGGGUGUUUGUGCCUACAGAGCCGAGAGGUUUCCAGUCCAAAUUGGGGCAAUGGAACAAUAAAGUUCUGCUGUUUUUACGGGGUUCUGUUGGUAAGACCAUAAUUAAUGAUUUUAAUAAAGAGGAAGGGUCCGAGUGGAGAGACUGUGAUCAGAUUAAACUAUCUGGUUAUCACGUCUACAGUGUUCUCAUCAAGUUCUGAUUCCCCCUUCGACUUCAUCCUUUUCUCUAGUGUGUGUGUGUGUGUCUGGUCACAAUGCCCCCUCAACUUUGUCAAUGAUUCCUACAUGUUUGGUGUGUAAUGAACAAACAUUAAGUUUUGAUAUGGUUUGUAUUUACAAUUGUUGGUAUGAAUAUUAGGCAUGUGCAAAAUGUGAUAUUUUGUUGCGAGUUGUACGAAAAGAGUAAGAGAGUGUCAGAAAUCAUCAGGGGGGGUGUGAAUCUCGCCCAUAAGAAUGCAAUUGCUAGUGACAACGAAACCAUUGACUUGACCAGUCUGUGUUCAACUCAUCAUAGAUAGUGUCAUAUAAAUAAACAACGUGGUUAAGGAUUAACCAAGUUGGUGCGUGCUUGUUGCAAAGACAAGUAUCGGAGUAGCUGACAAAAAAAA